UCAACUUCCAGUUCACAAUAUUCGGUCGGGCAACACAGAAGUAGCAGUCAGUAGUCCUCAACAAGCAGCUUAGGCCCAAUUUUCCUUUGAAUAGCCAAUUACCAAUGCGAUUGUUUGGCCAGAGUUGCAGUGAAGUGUUACUCAUUGUGCUAGCGUGGUAUUUCAGUUAUCCUUCCAUAAUCGACGUUAAUUGCUGAAAGACUGAAGCGUUUUCGGUAUUGGCGUUGCUAAGUGUGUGAAUUGCAAAAUAAUCUCGAAUCUCAACACGUUGGCAUUAUGUUUACCAAAAUUAUUCGUUCGCGUUGUUAUUGUGACUACAGUUGAAUCUUUUGUGAAUGCCGUGAGAAACGUCCGCAGUGUUAUGCCAAUUGAAUCUAUUUCAAGUUUUAGUUUACGUUGAAAAGACUCGUGAUUUUACUUAUUUAGUUCAAAAUGUCUAGCAUCGUUCCUACCAGUUCUGCUCUCAGGGCUUUGGCCUUAGAGUACAAGAGCUUGCAAGAGGAGCCAGUGGAAGGGUUCAGAGUUAAAUUAUUAGGAGAAGACAAUCUGUUUGAGUGGGAAGUUGCAAUAUUCGGUCCACCAGACACCCUGUACCAAGGUGGAUACUUUAAGGCGCACAUGAAGUUUCCCCCGGACUACCCGUACUCACCUCCAUCCAUUAGGUUUUUAACUAAAGUAUGGCAUCCCAAUGUAUAUGAGAACGGCGACCUCUGCAUCUCGAUCCUGCACCCGCCGGUCGACGACCCCCAGUCUGGGGAGCUCCCGUGCGAGCGCUGGAACCCCACUCAGAGCGUGCGCACCGUGCUCCUGUCAGUCAUCUCACUGCUCAACGAGCCCAACACGUUCAGCCCCGCCAACGUGGACGCGAGUGUCAUGUACCGCCGCUGGAGGGAUUCCAAGGGGAAGGAUAAGGAGUAUGAGAAUAUUAUCAGGAAGCAGGCGCAGGUGGCCCGGGUGGACGCGGAGAAGGAGGGCAUCGUGGUGCCGCUCACGCUAGAAGACUAUUGCAUUAAGACACAGGUCAAGUCGUCGACGCAGGAGCCACAGCUGGACAUGACAGACUUCUACGACGACGACUACGACGACCUCGACUCGGACUCUGAGGGCGAGUUGUCCGCGGGCGACGGCGACGACAGCGGCAACGGCGAGUCGUGAGGCGCCGCCCCCCCGCCGCCCGCGCCACGGACACACACCACCAAGCGCGCCCGCCGGGACUCUAACAAAUGAAGACGCGACGGCGACGGCGGGAAAUCUGCAAUAGUGUGCGCUUGUCUUUAGCUGGUGAAGUUUUGGUCUGUGUUGCAAAGGAUUUGACAGUUGUUUUUUUUAAGAGCACAGUUACUCUGUGAUUCUGGGGUAAUAGCUGACGGGUUUAAUGUGGCAACACUGGAUGAAACUUUACAGUAGAAGGCUCGCCAUAAAGCUGCAUUCGUAAUUUUAGCUGGAUGUUUGCAACACUGGUUAAUGUUUUUUUUCUACAUUAUUGUUUUAAACCUUCAUAUUGCAUGAUUUUUUUAUUUAAUUAUUUUAGACAAUGUGUGUCCGUGCCGUUUGCCAACAUAAAGAACUGGAUAGUUAAUUUUAUUUUUAAAUGUAACAAAGUCAUUUUAUUUCAAAUAUGGCUUUUUCUCAUUGUAAAUUAUAGCUUUCUAUUAACUAGGAAAAUUGUAAUCAUUAUUUUUUAUGUGAGAUUCUGUGAUUGAAUAUAUUUUACGUAUGAAUGCCUACCUUUAGUUUAUCGUUCGUUAUAUUUUAUUCACAACUUAUUUCAAAAAUAUUUUGCAUAAUGUAUGCUUUAGUAGACAUGAAACUAAUUUAUCAUUUAGGUAAUUUCUGUACGCAUUUAACACAAUUAAAUGUUGUAUAAUCACAUACACAUAAUAAUAUCUAUGAAUAAUUGAACAUUGCCAUCACAGUAUCACACGGUGUGGCUGCAAAGCCUUCUAUAACUAUUAA